CUGGGGGGGCGGAGGCGGCCUCCGCGCCGGCGCCGGCGCCCUGCGGAAGCGGCGUUAGUGAAUCGGGGCCUUGGGGAGCCCAGGAUGGAGGUGGCGGUCGCGGCGGCGGCGGCGGCGGCGGCGGCGGGCCGAGCCCUGCGGCAGGCGGGAGGAGGUGCGUGCCAGGCCCGCUGAGCCUGCGCAGAGCCGCCAGCCAUGCCCGGGAUCGUGGUGUUCCGGCGGCGCUGGUCAGUGGGCAGCGAUGACCUGGUUCUGCCGGCCAUCUUCCUCUUCCUCCUGCACACCACGUGGUUCGUGAUCCUGUCCGUGGUGCUCUUCGGCCUGGUGUACAACCCCCACGAGGCCUGCUCCCUGAACCUGGUGGACCACGGCCGCGGCUACCUGGGCAUCCUCCUGAGCUGCAUGAUCGCCGAGAUGGCCAUCAUCUGGCUGAGCAUGCGCGGGGGCAUCCUCUACACCGAGCCACGCGAGUCCAUGCAGUACGUGCUCUACGUGCGCCUGGCCAUCCUGGUGAUCGAGUUCAUCUACGCCAUCGUGGGCAUCGUGUGGUUGACCCAGUACUACACGUCCUGCAACGACCUCACCGCCAAGAACGUCACCCUGGGGAUGGUCGUGUGCAACUGGGUGGUCAUCCUUAGCGUCUGCAUCACCGUCCUCUGUGUCUUCGACCCCACGGGCCGCACGUUCGUCAAGCUCAGAGCCACCAAGAGGAGGCAGCGCAACCUGCGGACCUACAACCUACGCCACCGUCUGGAGGAGGGCCAGGCCACCAGCUGGUCGCGCAGACUCAAAGUCUUCCUCUGCUGCACCCGCACCAAGGACUCGCAGUCAGACGCCUACUCGGAGAUCGCCUACCUGUUCGCCGAGUUCUUCCGCGACCUGGACAUCGUGCCGUCCGACAUCAUCGCCGGGCUGGUACUACUCCGGCAGCGGCAGCGGGCCAAGCGCAGUGCCGUGCUGGACGAGGCCAACAAUGACAUCCUGGCCUUCCUGUCGGGGAUGCCCGUCACCAGGAACACCAAGUACCUGGACCUGAAGAACUCGCUGGAGAUGCAGCGCUACAAGGAGGUCUGCUACUACAUGCUCUUCGCGCUGGCCGCCUACGGCUGGCCCAUGUACCUGAUGCGCAAGCCGGCCUGCGGCCUCUGCCGCCUGGCGCGCUCCUGCUCGUGCUGCCUGUGCCCCGCGCGCCCUCGCUUUGCCCCCGGCGUCACCAUCGAGGAAGACAACUGCUGCGGCUGCAACGCCAUCGCCAUCCGGCGCCACUUCCUGGACGAGAACAUGACGGCCGUGGACAUCGUCUACACCUCCUGCCACGACGCGGUCUACGAAACCCCCUUCUACGUGGCCGUGGACCACGACAAGAAGAAGGUGGUGAUCAGCAUCCGGGGAACCCUGUCCCCCAAGGACGCCCUGACCGACCUGACGGGUGACGCCGAGCGUCUCCCCGUGGAGGGGCACCAUGGCACCUGGCUGGGACACAAGGGCAUGGUCCUCUCGGCCGAGUACAUCAAGAAGAAGCUGGAGCAGGAGAUGGUUCUGUCCCAGGCCUUCGGGCGCGACCUGGGCCGCGGCACCAAGCAUUACGGCUUGAUUGUGGUGGGCCACUCCCUGGGCGCGGGCACCGCCGCCAUCCUCUCCUUCCUCCUGCGCCCCCAGUACCCGACCCUCAAGUGCUUCGCCUACUCCCCGCCGGGGGGCCUGCUGAGCGAGGAUGCCAUGGAAUACUCCAAGGAAUUCGUGACAGCCGUGGUUCUGGGCAAGGACCUGGUCCCCAGAAUCGGCCUCUCGCAGCUGGAAGGCUUCCGCAGACAGCUCCUGGACGUCCUGCAGCGCAGCACCAAGCCCAAAUGGCGGAUCAUCGUGGGGGCCACCAAAUGCAUCCCCAAGUCAGAGCUGCCCGAGGAGGUGGAGGUGACUGCCCUGGCCAGCACACGCCUCUGGACCCACCCCAGCGACCUGACCAUCGCGCUGUCGGCCAGCACCCCGCUCUACCCGCCCGGCCGCAUCAUCCACGUGGUCCACAACCACCCGGCCGAGCAGUGCUGCUGCUGUGAGCAGGAGGAACCCACCUACUUCGCCAUCUGGGGGGACAACAAGGCCUUCAACGAGGUGGUCAUCUCGCCGGCCAUGCUGCAUGAACAUCUCCCCUACGUGGUCAUGGAGGGGCUCAACAAGGUGCUGGAGAACUACAACAAGGGGAAGACGGCCCUGCUGUCCGCCGCCAAGGUCAUGGUCAGCCCCACCGAGGUGGACCUCACCCCGGAGCUCAUCUUCCAGCAGCAGCCGCUGCCCACCGGUCCGCCGGUGCCCACCGGCCUCGCCGUCGAGCUGCCCCCCACGGACCACCGGAACAGCAGCAUCAGGACCAAGUGCCAGUCUGAGAUGAGCCUGGAGGCCUUCUCGGAGGGGCGGCUGCUGUCCCCCGCGGCGGCGGCGGCGUCGGGGGCGACGGCGCGGCCGGACCCCGUGGAGCUGCUGCUGCUGUCCACGCAGGAGCGGCUGGCGGCCGAGCUGCAGGCCCGGCGCGCGCCGCUGGCCACCAUGGAGAGCCUGUCGGACACCGAGUCGCUGUACAGCUUCGACUCGCGGCGCUCGUCGGGCUUCCGCAGCAUCCGCGGCUCGCCCAGCCUGCACGCGGUGCUGGAGCGCGAGGAGGGGCCGCUCUUCUACAUCGACCCCGCCAUCCCCGAGGAGAACCCGUCGCUCAGCUCCCGCACCGAGCUGCUGGCCGCCGACAGCCUGUCCAAGCACUCGCAGGACACGCAGCCGCUGGACGCGGGCACCCCGGAGCGGCCGCCGCCGCCGCCGCCACAGCCGCGGGAGGAGGAAGAGGAGGAGGCGGCGGCGGCGGCGGCGGGGGGCAGCGGCGGGGGACGCCGGGGACGCCCGCGCGCGGCCGACCUGGCGCUGCACAACGGGCGCCUGGGCGACUCGCCCAGCCCGCAGGUGCUGGAGUUCGCCGAGUUCAUCGACAGCCUCUUCAACCUGGACAGCAAGAGCGGCUCGUUCCAGGACCUCUACUGCAUGGUGAUGCCCGAGAGCCCCACGAGCGACUACGCCGAGGGCCCGCGCUCGCCGCCCAGCCAGCGGGACCUCCUGCUGCGCGCGCAGUUCGAGCCCAACCUGGUGCCCAAGCCCCCGCGCCUCUUCGCGGGCUCGGCCGACCCGUCGUCGGGCAUCUCGCUCUCGCCCUCCUUCCCGCUCAGCUCGUCCGGGGAGCUCACGGACCUCACCCCCACGGGCCUCAGCAGCCAGGAGUGCCUGGCGGUGGACAAGAUCCGGACCUCGACCCCCGCGGCCCACGGGGCCAGCCCGGUCAAGCAGGACGACCUGGCCAUCUCGGCCCGCUAGCACCACCAGGACCACGACGACGACG